GGUCAAAAUCUCGUACAGAACGAGAUUUCAACGGGAAAUCAAAUAUGGCUGCUAAACAGUGACGGAAAAUCGAAAAUAAUGUAGUUUUGUGUUGUUUGAACGUGAUAUAUAGAAAAAUGACUUGAGUGAAUGAAGAGAAAUUGAUAUAAAGGCUGUAAGGGUCUUUUGAGAUGGGAUCCCAUAUUUUUGACAUCCUCAGACAGGGGAUAUGGGCAUCCAUCACAGGGGGAUGGUUCUUCGACCCAUAUCAAAAUAUAUUUUCAAAUACGUUUCAUCUUUAUGUAUGGAUGGGACUCCUGGUCUUCCCUUUCAUUCUCUAUCUGACAUUGGAAUCUUCUCUGAUCAUUUGGACCAUUUACUGUGCAACAGUUGGAGUGUUUUUUAUGGUGAUAAAACUUGUCAAUUUCAAACUUCAUCACAUUUUUGACACCAGUGAGUUUAUAGAGGACACACCAAAGGAUGAUAAAUCCGAGGACAAAGACAGUCAUGUUAUAGAGUUCUGUAACACAGAAAAUGAGGCUGAACACAUUGAAAUGGUCAAGCUUCACCAUUCCCCCUCCAGACCGCUGGACAGUGACAACAAUAACAGUGACCAUAUCAUCAGUCAUCCUAGUGUGGAAAUCAAAAGUGGGUCUGCACCCUUAGCAGAGUUAGAGAAUGAUGACAUCGAUCAAAAAGUCUCCAAGCAGAGAGAAUCUACUCCACCAAGCAGUGACAGUGCUGUGGAGUGCAAACAGGAAGUGGAAAGGGGGAGUCAUCCACAUCAGGUGACACUGAAAGCAGAGGUAGAGGUCAACAGAGAACUUUCAGAUGGAGAAGUGGAAAUAGGAGAAGUGAAACUUCCUCCCACAAAAGAAGACACAGAUUCGGAUUUAUCUCCCGAUGGUGGGUGGAUUCGCAGACGUAGGAAGGCCGUGAGGCGAAGCAAGAGUGCACUGGAUUACAACCCAGACUCUCCAGUGCCUAGGGUCGUCAGAGCGUUUGACAAAUUAGACCGAUCUCUUCCUGCCAAUUUAUACACACAAGUUGAACAAGAGAAAGAAGAGGAGGAUUCAGAUGUCCGAAAAACAGAGAAGGGGGACGUAGAGUUAGAGGAUUUGGAAGGAAUGGAUGAAGGGAGAGUGUCUCCAUAUAAACAGAGGAUACCCAGCAGUAAAGCUUCGCAGCGGCUCCAGAAAUAUCGGCGGAGUUACUCUGCGGAUGAAGGGGUACCACCACGGCCCAUCACACCACCUCUCAGAGAAGUGUUUGACUCGGGCCUGCAAAAUAUAUCAAAAGCAUCACCAAAUGACAGAUCAAACAGCAACAGUAGUGAACCAUUCCCGGGACUAUUGAAAUUCCAGGCUCCAGAUAUCUUAGCUGAUCUGCCUGGAAGUAGUGAGGACAAAACAUCUCGAACGCUGAGGAACAGUGACAGUGAUAGGUCAGACAUCAGUGUGGGAGAAAUCAAAGUGAAAGUAGAAAAAAGAGAAGGGGGGCCCAAUAAAAAAAGUCGUCCAUCUAGUGCAGGGGAUAUCAACAGAAUAAGUGCUCCGAUAGAUCCAAACCUCACGACAAAAAGUGCUUCCAGAUCUGCUCGGCCAGGAGGGAUUGGAUCUAAGAUAGCUAGAUUUUUCCAGAAUAGUGGACACAAUAAUUCUCAGGAAAUUGCUUCAGAACAGAGUAGUACUGUAGGGUUGGAGUGUUUGUUUAGUACAGACAGUGAUUCAACAGAAGAUGAUAGCAGUCAUACAAAGGACCACUAUCUAUCAGACUCUUCCAGCUCAAUGACAAACGAGGGGGAGAGCAUUUUCGACACCAGUCCAGAAUACCCACCAAUUCAUUCUCAUCUUGUAGCGAAGGAUAAAUUGAACCCUUCACGAGAUUCUGCUAAUGUCCAGGGAAAUCCCAGUGAAACACAUUUACCCCCAUCAGAGGUGAACACGCUGAUGGUAGCGGAACAUCAAAACACUCCACCACCUUCGGAUCCACCCAUAGAAGAUGACGAGCUGGAAAUUCUGAAGCAGCAGGGGGCCAUUCCAAAAAACUACCGCAGGUCACAGAACAUGCCAUCGGAGAUAGAUCCAUCUUCACUGCAUAACCAAGAGCUUGGAGGAAGUCCAUCCUCUGGCGAACUCUCAGACACAGAGGAUUUCCGACGGAAGAUUUUGGAGAUCCUUAGUGAUUCCACAGACAACCCAGACAGAAUGAAGAAGUUGUUUAAAGCUGUGAUAGAAGCUAAAGACAGGCGAGGAGGCCGGGAUUCCCCUGUACAGGAAACACAGCAAAGCAUGAAGGAGGAGAAGAAAGAAGAAGGGGAGACAAAUAAGUUGACCCCAGCUGAUGAGCAGGAGGUUCAGUCCUCCAAGUCCACCACACCCACUGAGUGUUGUGCACUGUUACCAGUCUCCAAGGAGAUCGAGUCCGCUCAACCACAAUCUGCAAAACUCAACAGGAAAAGAGGUCGUCGGAGAAGGGGGAAAAGUGGUUUAACGAGGAGGGAUACACCCACGGUAAAAACUCCGGCGGGAACAUCCAUCCACUCAGCAAAGGACCACAAUGACACCAGUGAGGGUGCAGUCCAUUGGUUCCAAGAUGAAAAUGGUCAGUGGUUCGGCUACACAUUUGAAGAGAACAGUGCAGGCGUGGCCUUUGUAGCAGAAGACAUCCCGACUCACGUGAACAGCUUGGUAGACAAGAGUUGGAGUAGUACAUGCAGUGAUGGAUCCUGUAACGAUGAUUCUGGCUCCACGGUUAUUCUCGAUUCACCAUCUGGAACCAAGAAAGAGGAUGCAUCUCUGGAUCCACUGAAUUCAAACAUAGCGGCAUUCGACAUUCCAAAUUUAAUUCGUAAUCAUCAUGACAUGCAGCUUCUUCAGCAAUUCCAGCCUAACUUGAUGCUGCAGCUUCCCUGUGACAGCUCAGAUGAAUCUGAGUCUCCCAACUUCCAAAAGUCCAAAGAGAAAAAACCCAAACACUUCUACAAAUUCCAGAUGUUUAAAAAGACAUUUCUUAAAAUUCGAUUUGAUCGAUUAGCUCUGCUAGCUCUCUUAGAUAGGAACCUGACAUUACUAGAAAACCUGGUGACAGUUUUGAUUGCGAUGCUGGUAGGGGCCCUAGGGGCCUUAGUGCUCACCCGGAAUUUCUAUCAUGACAUCCUAGUAUUUGUGUUCUGUUUCAUCAUCGCUGGCUGUCAGUAUUCUCUUCUAAAGAGUGUACAGCCUGAUGCAGCAUCACCCAUGCAUGGAUACAAUCGAUUGGUGGUAUUCAGCCGUCCGUUCUAUUUCUGCGUGUGUUGUGGCCUUAUGUUAGUGUUGGAUUUUGCUAUACCUUACUCACCCACCAAACCGACGCUCGUAUACGGUCUGCCCUUCGGAUUAGAAGAUUCCCUAACAUUUGCCAGGGAUCUUUUGAAAAUUCUAGUCUUGUGUCUACCAAUUAUAUUCACCAUUGGUCUCCUACCACAAGUCAACACCUUCAUCAUGCAUUUAAUGGAGCAAACUGAGAUGCAUAUAUUUGGUGGAAAUGGCUCCAUCAGUCUCAGUUCCUCAAUAUACUCGGUGAUCAGAAGUAUCAUCGGGGUCGCCUUCCUGUAUGGCUUCUGCUUCGUGGCAAUUGAAGCUGGUGGUCCCCAUGACUGUGACAGCAGGGAUCUCUCUCAGAACGUGGUCUUCUCUGUGUUCUCUGCUAUUCUAGUGGCUGUGUCCUAUCACCUCAGUCGCUCAGCCAGCGAUCCUAGUGUUCUCUGGAUGCUGAUUAGGGAUUUCAUCUGGGACAAGGAAGUCCCCGAGUCUGGGGAAGAAGAAUUGGUGGAUCCACUGCCAGAGAAGCUCAAACAUUGUGUGAGUGAACGUCUCCAAUCAGACUUACUAGUCGGUGUGUUCAUCCUCAUCAUCGUGUUCGCAGUUCAUGUUAGUACGGUGUUCAGUAGCCCAGUCUUACAGCCGGUGUUGAGUGACAUCAUGUACUACACAGGGGCAGGAUUCGGUUUCCUGGUCCACUAUCUGAUUCCGAUGGUCAGGAAGGAGAUGCCCUGGCUCUGUUGUUCUCACCCCAUGCUCUCUAACAGGGAACGUAACCUGUUCGAAGUCACAGUGGCGCCGGAGAUCAUGUGGUUUGAGAAGAUGUACGUGUGGCUGAGGUUCUUUGAACGGAAUAUCUUGUAUCCAGCUAUUAUUCUGUGUGCCUUGACACAAUCCACCACUGACAUUAUUUGUAAAUUUGGCGUCUACGUUGGGCCAGUCAUCCUUGUCCUGUGUGCCGUGAAGCUGCUGCGGUUUGCCUUCUGUAACACAUCCAAACAGUACCUCAUCAUCACCUUCACUGUCCUAUUCUUCAAAUAUGACUACCGGAAUGCAUCAGAGACCUUCCUCGUCGACUAUUUCAUCGUCUCCAUUCUCCUUUCCAAGUUCUGUGAUCUGAUGCUGAAGAUGAAGUUUAUCAUCACGUAUAUCGCUCCGUGGCAGAUCACCUGGGGCUCAGCUUUUCAUGCCUUCGCUCAGCCAUUCAGUGUUCCUCAUUCUGCGAUGCUGUUUGUUCAAGCUGCCGUAUCGUCUUUUUUCUCGACGCCACUCAAUCCUUUCCUUGGGAGUGCCAUCUUUAUCACAUCAUAUGUUCGUCCAAUCAAAUUUUGGGAAAAGGAUUACAAUACGAAGAGAGUGGAUCAUUCCAACACCAGAUUAUCAUCACAACUAGAAUGUAACCCAGGUGCUGAUGACAACAACCUGAACUCUAUAUUUUAUGAACACCUGACACGAUCCUUGCAGCACAGUCUAUGUGGAGACCUGAUGCUGGGACGUUGGGGGAAUGUGGAGCAGGGAGACUGCUUCAUCAUGGCUUCUGACUACCUCAAUGCCCUGGUACACAUCACGGAGAUGGGCAAUGGUCUAGUCACAUUCCAACUGCGGGGCCUAGAAUUCAGAGGAACCUACUGUCAACAACGAGAAGUGGAAGCCAUUACAGAGGGCGUGAAAGAUAAUGAAGGUUUCUGCUGCUGUGAGCCAGGGCACCUUCCCCACUUCCUGUCUCUGAACGCAGCAUUCAAUCAGCGGUGGUUGGCGUGGGAGGUAGUGGUCACUAAGUAUGUGCUGGAAGGGUACAGUAUUUCUGACAACAGUGCUGCCACCAUGGUGCAGGGCUUUGAUGCUCGUAGAAUUCUCCUUAAUUAUUAUGUCAUGAGUAUUAUUUAUUACACGGUGCGAUCCCCUCGUCUUGAGACAUGGCUCUUUAACGAUGCUAUCCUGGAGACACUACAUUCAACAGAGGAAGAAGAAUUUGUGGAUGUGGACCCUAUUUUUACCCAGCCCACGGAUGACGACUACGACCCCAAACUGAAGGGCGUGUCACGUAACAAGUUCUGUAGUGUUUUCCUGGAGUGGAUUCAGUACUGUGCUACUAGAAGAGAUAAGUCGAUCGACAGUGGGAAGAAUUCGUCUCUGGUCUCACUGUGCCUGUGUUUGGGACUCCUGGGUCGGAGGGCUCUGGGCACGGCAGCUCACAACAACACCACAGCAGCAGGAGCGGAGUUUUUCCUGUAUGGAUUACAUGCCUUGUUUAAGGGAGAUUUCAGGAUUACCUCCCCUCAUGAUGAAUGGGUCUUUGCUGAUAUGGAGUUACUCAGAAGAGUUGUUGCCCCUGCUAUCAGAAUGGCCCUCAAACUUCAUCAGGAUUACUAUCUGUUUACUGAUGAGUAUGAAGACCAUGAGACACUGUAUAAUGCAAUUGGUAAUUAUGAACAAACUCUAGUCAUUUCACAUGAGACGGAUCCGCAGUGGAGGAAUGCUGUGCUUUCCAACACACCCUCCCUGCUAGCUCUAAGGCCUGUGUUUGCAGACACCGAGAUCUCUGACAAAUACAAAAUCAUCAUGCUCAACAAAAAAUUCCUCUCCUUCCGAGUAGUCAAGGUAAAUCGGGAGUGUGUCAGAGGAUUAUGGGCGGGGCAGCAACAAGAAUUGAUUUAUCUACGCAAUCGUAACCCAGAAAGAGGCAGCAUUCAGAAUGCCAAGCAGGCACUUCGUAACAUGAUUAACUCCUCCUGUGACCAGCCAAUCGGGUAUCCCAUCUAUGUGUCGCCCCUAACAACGUCUUACUCCUCCACUCAUACGCAGCUGGCCUCUAUUAUUGGCGGUGAAUUCAUUUUAGCCAAUGUCAAAAAGUUCUUCAAAAACACCUGGAUCAGGAUGCGUCAGAGAUGUGGGGCCACUUGUACAGGAAGCAGUGCCAGUUGCCCUGACGAUUUACCGUACACUGUGACCUGCUCACACACGGGGGCAGCCAUGACAUUAGGCAACCGGUCUGUUUUAUCAACACCCACUAAUCAGCAGGACAUUGGUCUCCAGACUCUGGGUAACCGAGGAAGCCUGGUCUCCACAGCCAGUUCUGCUAGUAAACCAAACGCUCUGGUGACCCUGGCAGGAUUCAUUACUGAAACAACCUCCAACAAAGAGACACUUACACAUAAAGUCAGGAUAAUGGACACCAGUUUUGUGUUUGAGAACAUUAAUCUUGGACGGAGAAUCGAUGUUCAGUGGCCAAACGAGGAAUGGAAACAGAGUGGUGGUAAAUCGGGCUGGCAAGGCUGGAUGCCGACCAAAGGCAUGGAAGGCACCGUAGUUCACAAGUGGGUGCCAUGUCACCGAGAAACUCUCAAGCGCUCCCACAUCGACAAAGUCAUAUAUCUCGUACAGAUCUCCGACAAAUAUGUGCCAAUCUCUGAGCAAGGAGUCCUAGAUUUAGGUGCAGAAGUUUGAAUUGUGUUAUCAAUGAAGUGAGAUUACUUACUAUUGGCAUGGACCAAAUCUUGCACACAUUGAACUUCAGCCGACCAAUUGUAUGUCAACAUUCACACUGCAUCAUUCCAUGACCAUGUAUACGCACAUCCAAUUAUCAAGUUAUCAGUGCAUAUCAUUUUUUAAAGACGUCUGACAGUUGUGUAUGCCUGAGAUUCACAAGUUGACAGCUGUCUUUCCUGUUCUGGGAGAGAUAUUGUGCACAUAUCUAGUUUUACGUAGAUAUGUUUUUGUGUUGGAUCUGUAUGUUGUAUGGAGAUCUUCAGCUCAGACAAGCUAGCUCCACAAAUGUUUAUACCAAAGUUUUUCUGAAUUUGAGUUGUAUCAAGCCAGGUGCUAUAGCUGUAUUUCAUGUUGAAUUCCAACUGUGAUAUUCUAGACACAAAACAUUCAGGAUUUAAACAUUUUCCUAAUUUUGUGUGUGUGUGUGCGUGUGUGUGUGGUUAGUAUAUUCCAUACUUUAUAGAAAAACAACCAAUGUUAACUUUCAUAUUUUAUAGAAAAUUAACCAAUGUUAAACUUUCAUGUUUUAAAUGGAUGUUUUGGCCACCAGAUUUAUUUCAGGAGAGUUUGCUGUUUAACAUGUGUAUACUUGUAUAUGCUUCGAGUAGUCAUGUCAGGCUUAUCUUCGAUAUUUGUGUACAUUAAUAUACCUGAUCACAACCAUUGACAAAACCAUAUUCAUUGACAUGGGCAAUAGAGCAUCACAGUAUUAUGCCAUGUUAGUAGUAUUUGUUUUAGAUGUACAAAACUGUACUAUAACUUGAUUGCUCAGUGCCCUCCCUUCAAUACUGGAGGACAAGGGGGAGGGGGACGGAAGUAGUUAUGUUUAUUUAUUUUCAAAUUUUGAUGAGAGUAAAUGGAACAUUUUGUAGUUUGUUCUCUUUCAGACUUAGUCAUAAAAGAAAUGUUUUAUUUUUAUAAACUAGUUCUCUAAAUGCCACUUUCAGGCAUUGCUCAGUUUUAAUGAAAUCCUGUCACUUUGUGGGUGGUAGAUUUGUGGUGAUUUUCCAUUGUAAAAAUCUGUCAAUGUUCCUGGCUUCAAGUCAAAUUUCCAAAAUGUCCGUCCACCUGUCUCAUUCCUGAGCUGUGAGAUACUGCUUACCUUAUGUUUAGUGCAGAAAUUGUACUACACAGGGCUAUUGUUUGGAAUUUCCGGGGGGGGGGGGUCCAGUUUGUUUUAUACUGCUUGCUAAGGAAAGAUUGCUCAUUAUAGCUCAUAAUUGCUGUUUGUUUUUGUUUUCCUUUAGUUCAUGCAUUAAAAACUUAAGGGGUAUUGGUACUUUGAUUAUUUGAUGAACUUGAAUUAUGUACAAAAUAUUCAACCACUCAGUGUGAUAACAUAGAUCAUGUGACUUGUAUAACUGAAUGAUUAUCAGACAGUCUGCCAGUUUUCCUCCUUAAUCAGGGUCAGAAGAGGCACACUGUAUAUUAACCACGUACACAGACAUAGGGGACUUUCAAAUGUUGUUAAAUUAAGUUUUCGAUAUAUUUUAAAUCUUGAUGUAUGUAAUGCAUGAGUGAUAAUUGACCUGGACUUUGUUAUGUCUUGUACAAGUUAUGUGUAUUACUUGGAUGUUUUGUAAUUUAUUGUCUUAUGUUAAAAAAAGAACAGAUGUGAAACAUCUCAAUAAAAUUACCAAAUCAA